UUCGCUUCUGUUUCCGAGGGGAAGGGAGUCUGGGCGCACGGGUCCCCCUUCAGUCGGCGCCUUCAAUGCACACAAGAGAAGUAGGGAUGGCGCUGGGACGCGUUUGCAGGAAGAUUUUACAGAAGCACAGUUACAUACCUUUAGCCUGUCACCAAAUCCAGUCAUCUUUGAAAGCAUCACACUUUGAGUCUCUGUGCUCUCUUCAGCACCUGAGGUACAGAUUGACAAGUACUAAUUCUGCUGAACAAUGUGAAGCAAGCUUCCUCCUUGGUGGUCCUAAAGGAGAUAGCAGUGAAGCUCUCACUUCUGUGGAUCACAAGAAAUCAGCUGAUGUGGACUACUUGAAGCUAGGGAAGGUGGCUCAUUCAUUCCUGGACAUGGGGCUCAGUCCUGCUCAGAUAACAGACUUGUUCAGCCUGCAUCCCAAACUGCCACCUCAAACAAGAUUGGCUGUAGUUUCGGAGCUUCUCCUCCUGGGUUUAAACACUGAUGCCUUACUGAAGGCCCUACAGAAGAAACCUGAAUUGUUGAAAAUGCCAGCAAAUCGCCUGAGGGAUCGUGCAGAUCUUUUGAGGAGACUUGGUUUUCAGGAAGAGGGGUUGAACCAUGUGGCAAUCCAUUUCCCAAGUAUCUUCACAUUGCCGCAAAAAAAGAUUGAGGCUGUAGAACAUCUCCUCAGAGAAAAAUGCCUCUUCACAGUGGAACAAGUAUCAAAAAUACUACAGACAUGCCCAGAUAUCUUGCUUGAGGAACUAAGUGAUGUGGAAUACAAAUUCCAGUUUGCAUAUUUUAGGAUGGGAGUUAAACAAAGAGAAAUAUUGAAUUCUGGUUUCUUCCAAGCAUCACUAACUGAAAUAAAGAACCGGUUCAUCUUCUUGGAGCGCUUGGGACUUUAUCAAACUCCUGACAAGAAAGGACAAACUCUGAUUGUCAAUCCCAAACUGAAAGGCAUAAUCAGGGCUUCUGAAAAUGAUUUUGUGACUCGAAUAGCAUGUUCUACAAUGGAGGAAUAUGAGGUAUUUAAGAAAUUACUGGUGCGUGAAGAAGAGCAGAAUUGGGAAAAGGAAGAAGCAAUGAAAAAUGAACUCUUGGAUUUGGAGAAUGAUGAUGAAGAGUCCGAUACAGAAUAAGGACAUGAAAUAAAAUCUUACAUGCUUUGUACAAGUGGAAUCUGUUUGAAUCUCCUACUGUUUUUUGUGGAUUGAAUGUAUGAAACUUGGGCAUAAGGAGUGGAAGGUAGUCAUUCCACAGAAGAUUUACUUUUGAAGUUAAAACCUGGUUACUGUCAACUAUAUGUCUUAAUCACCGUUACGAUCAUUACUACAAUAAAUUUGUAUUCCCAUUGUUUUUAUGA